CAAAAAGGGUGAUUACGCAGUUUAUGGAUAGCCCCUUGCUCUGUUCAUUACACCUUGUCCAGUAUUAUUUCGUGACUUCGAGUCCCGAUCCUUUAAAUAUUGGUAACAGAGUAAGGCUGCGAGCCAGAGGACAAAGCUGACAUGCGCAGUAAACGUACUUCUGAGUCAAGUUGCGUGUUCUCAGCAGAGGCAAGUUCCACCAUUGGCUACAAAAGUAUGAAGCAAGCGGACAAAUUCGGCAUUCGUUGCUAGCGAGUUGCACUGGUUUGUUAUGGCCAAGUCAAGUGGUGUGGAUACAAAUUGAAAGUGACCGAGAAUAGUAGCCAGGUCGCUUGCAGCCGGAUGCAAGCGUGCGGGACAAUUAAAACAUAAGCCCGUGUGCGCAAUCGGCAGGCAGUUAGUUAGAUAAUUGCAUUUCAAAAGAGAGGCCCAGUAUGUUCUUCCGGCGCGUUCUGGAUAGCGCCAGAAAUCUUUCGCCCCCUAAGUCCACCACGGAAAGUCCGACAGUGCAUUUUUACAGCGAGGACAGUGAGAGUGUCACAUAUGUGAGUGGUGCCGUCGACAGUGAAGUCAAGGACAGCAAUAACAACCAGUCAGCAGUCGGUGCGGGUGCUGCACUGCCUGCCAUAAUGAAAAUUCAGCGCCGAGCGGAAGCCCCAAUCGGUGCAGUGCAGCUAACGCCACUGUGGGAGCACAUACUCCGCACCCGCCGCCUGCCGGAAACCAUUUUCCCUAGCGCCAUGUACGCGGAGUUCCAUGAGCGCCUGCAGGACCCAGAGUGGCAGGUAAGGCAGCACGCCCUGCGAGUCCUCGUCGACGUCCUGGUGGUGAUGCAAGACGAGGCCGAUGGCCACAUGGAGCGGGAGCAGCUUAUUGGCCUGCUGGUCGAAAACCUUGGUCACCAGGCCCCCACCGUGCGCAAAGGAGCUCUCGACUGCUUGCGUGUCUACCUCGCCGAAACUGCAAUCCCGGAGACGAUUAUGCUGGCAAUCCUGGACGCAGGCCUGACGAAGCAGGCGCCUGCGGAUUCGGAGCACAUGGGUCGUCUCAGCUGCGGCGUUCUGCUGUCCGUGCCCGCCCUUCUGCAAUCAACAAUGCAUACGGCGCAGAGACACCGCAUCAUGCAUAGCACUCUGGAGCGAGUGGUCGCACACAUGGAUCAAUUGGUGCAGCAGGAAAUCACCCUGAAAGUCUUGAGCAAGAUCAGAGAGCUUUUGGGAGUUCACGAGUUCGAAGCCAUUAUGAGCGAUGUGGGUCGUGGCGAUACGCUGACUAAGUACUAUCAACUGUGUCAGGUCUACGGGGUCUCUGGAAAACCGAGAACAGGCGGCGAUGGGAAAACGGGCGCCUGGCGCGCCUUACCACGUGAGCAAGGAUGGAGAAACAGCAAUGCCGUACAGAACCUGGACACCACGCUCCAAGCCCAGUCAAACUGCUCGGACAUGGGAAAGAUCAUUAUGGAAACAGAAAUCAAGAUCAACGAUGACACAGUGACCAUGCGGAUCCUGGAGGCGGAUACCGAGACCGAAGAGUCCGAUAGCCCAACCAGGAUUUUCCCAAAUGAGGAAGAUGGGACGGAUUUGAUUUGCCACCCCCUGUCGUCCAGUGGCAACAGCCUCCAAGAGCCUCACAUAGGGGCGGGGAUCGUGAAAGUUAUAAGUGAUUCAGAAUUGGACGAGCCGCACAUCAAGGCGGGCAGUGUUUCCGAGCCGGGUACUCCCUCUCGGGGAUUGAAGCGAGUAACCUUCGGGGGCGAGAUCGUUAAGAUGCGAACUCCUGAUAGCGACGCAGCCUCCUCUACAAACAAUUCCCGAAGCCCUACCCAGACCAGCCAGAGUGUCACUAUUUUCCCCUCGGAAGAUGCAGCGACCUCAUCAGAGGAGAAGUCCGCCCUUUCAAGACCCGUCAGCGACAAGAGGACAACUGCGCUCGUGGUGGAGAUCCCUUUGGACAAUACCAAGCCAUUGCCUCAAGUCCGAUCUUUCUGCUCGCAGCCACCCCGGCAUCAGAGCAAUGCACCCAGUGAGCCGCCAUCGAGCAGUCCCCGCAAUCGACAGGAAAACGAAGCACGGCUGUCGCCGUCACCUAGCUCUCCCGGCUUUCGCAGCCGCAGCGCUAGUCCAACGGGAAGCAACAACAUCAGCCCCAAAGUGCCGCACAAGCAAAUCGAGGUUCUGCACAAUUUGCAGCGGGAUCCGUCGCCGCGGUCUCAGCGCCGCUCGGAAGACAUGGACGGUAGUGGGGAUGGUAAAGCCCUUCCUGCACCGGCAAAUCCCUCUGCCUCAUCCACACAGCCGCUUACUGGUCGAACAAGAUCGGCCUCUACGAUGUCUCCUGUGUCACCGGCCACGCCCAAAUCCUGGGAGGAUCUGGACAUUGUCAACUUAAAGACGCUUAUGGAGUUGCGAUCUGGGGAUUGGCGCAAUCGUCUAAUGGGCAUCGGACAACUGGAGCUUGCCUUAAGCUCAUCGAGCAACUUGGCCCUGGUCCAACCGUAUCUGGAUAGUCUGCUUCGAACCCUCCUCUCCUCGGAGCGUCACUUUGAGGUUGCCGAGCUGAAGCGAGAGCUUCUGGUUAACCUGAUCUCGCGGCUGCCGUUGGACAACUUGGAGGAGCGCACACCACAAAUCUUGUCGGGACUCUGUCGCCAGGGCAACGCUGGAGCGAACCGGGUGUGCAAGGCCCUGAUGCAGCGCCUUCCCGCGGGAACCAUUGUUGCUAAGCUGACCUCUCCAGAGUUCCUGCAUGCGAAGAGCUCCAAGUUCCGGGACCACGCUCUUCAAAUGUCCAUUUUUGCACUGAUGACCUUCCCGGGCACCUGCUUCGACAUCAGCCUGUUGACGACGCAGGCCGUCUACUCCCUCCUUAACCGAAAGCGACGUGUGCGGCAGGCGGCUCUGGAGGUGCUAGCGGUCCUGGCCGAUAUCUCGUCCAUCAAAGAGGUCUUAGCCAUUGUCUUGGAGACAACCGACGGCGUGGAGCUUGGGCCAAUGGUGUUGGAGGCGACUAGUGUGCGGCUAUCGCGUUUGCAGCUGCCCAUCGUCACGCCCGACAGCGGCGUGCUCUUCGUUUUCAACCAGACUGACCAACCUGGAGCCAGGCGUUUCGGAGCUGAUGUGGACUGGAUCCAUCAGGGUGAGGGCUCUGCCUCUCCCAAUACAAUUAAGAGGCGACGCAUGCGGGCGGCAACCAGCCAGCGCGAUGUACUUGGGGGCGCGGAGGCUAAACGCAAGAAUGAUCCAUUCCCUAGUUUCAGCCAGGUAAACGAGAGUCUGCAUCGCCAUUCCUUCCACUCUCCCCCGGAAACGUUGGACAUGGCUAGCCCCAUUAAUGACUUUUCGCAAAGAUUAAGUUUUGGCGCUAAGACUAAUGGUGGAAACCAAUCGUUUAUUGAACGUCGCUUCUUGGCCAAGGCGUGUUCUGAUACUUCCAUGGACGGUCGAAGCACAGACAGCACCACCACAACCUGCAGCAGUGGAAGCGCCACAGACAGCUUUAUACAGCUUACUUCCCGCACCGGCGGACGACUUGCCGGACCAAGCUCAAGAUUUCCCACCAUGAACCAGCAUACAGACUUUGUCAACAAUUUUAUGCGCAGCAUGCAGCGAAGCUCCAAGUCCUAUUCCGUGGAGGGACCCGCCUACCCAAAGGUCAGUUACUCGAUCCCAAAGUCCCAGCAGAUGCUCCGCAAGAGGUUCCAGCACAAGGAUUCUUUCACAAAGCUGGGGGACGAACCACCUGGUCAGGGCUUCGAAAAUAACAAAUUUAACGAAUCCCAAUCCCAGAGGAGAAAAGCAACCGGCAUUUCCACAGACCACUUGGAAUCACUGGACCCCAAGUGCGCCGACGCCACAAAGUCAGUAAACACCGAAUCAGCAACUAAUGGUGUGACAAAUGGCUCACCCAUUUCCGCAAGUUCUACUAGUUAUUCGCAAAAGUCAACCGCCUCGGCGAAGUCCAGCGUAAGCCAAAACGAGAUGGGGAAGCGACCAUUCUCAUCCACUGGCGUUUGGAACGACUGCGAGGUGGAAGUGAUGAACAGAGAGCAGAAUCCCAUCGAAGCUUUCGGGGAAUUGGUGGCGGACGGCGUUGAGGCCCAGACUGAAACAGAACCUACUGCCCAUGGGGAGCUGCUCAAGCUCAAUGGAAGCCUAAAUAGCCUUCACAGCAAAACGGAGAGCAUCAAAACUCAGCUGGAGGACACUACCCCGCAACUGUCGAGGGCUCAGUCAGUAAAAUCGCUGCUCAUCGAGGAAGAAAUUGAGAGCAGCAACAGUUUCGUCGUAGUUGAAGAAGUGCAGAACGAGCUGGAGUCAUUCCCAGCGGAGUCCAAGGAAGUAGUGACAUUGCAGGAAGAGCUAGUAACACCGGUAGAAGCUACAAAGCCUGAAAAUCAUACUUUUGGUCCAAAGGUGGUUCCGAUUCACGACGAAAUAGUGAUCCAUUCACGUAGCGUUUCCCUGGACUCUCUUUAUGGGGCACGGCCGGCUUCAAAGCAGGGAUCUAUGGACACAAGCACAAGCACUGCGGACAACACUUCACAAACUGGUUCCCAAAUGGGAAACAUUAGUGUUCCCGUGAAGGCUCAGCACACGCCGCUCAAACAUAAGUCCAAAACUUCGUAUUUCCUGCGGGCACAACGGCGAAUCUCACCUGCAAAGCAGGCCAUCAAAAUGUCGCAGGCAGAGCUCUUCCCGCAGAAUAUGGUGCGAUUUGAUAGGCCACGUGAGGCUCUGCUUAAAACUUUUGACCAGUUGGACUCCAGCAAUUGGGAAGUGAACAUGACGGGCUUGAAAAGCAUGGUUCGUUUGAUCCGCUACCAUGCCGACACAUUGGACAAUCAGAUGCACAUGACCUGCAUCCAGCUCACCCGAUCAGUCCGAAAUCUGCGCUCCCAAGUAGCUCGAGCUUCCUGCCAAGCAGCUGCGGAGUUGUUCUCGCUAAAGUCCACCACUCUCCAGCAGGAAUGCGACGACUUGGUGUGUGCUCUUCUGCACCGCACCGCCGACACGAACCGGUUUCUUCGCGCCGACGCCACUCGAGCCCUGGAGUCGAUGGUGGACCAUGCUCAGCCGCAGAAGAUUCUAAACAUCCUUGCGACAAAAGGAGCCCAACACCAGAACGCCUUGGUGCGCACGACAUCAGCAAAGCUGCUCUUCAGACUAGUUGAGCGACUGGGCAGUGACCGGAUCUAUGCAAUGGGACGCGAGAGCCGCGACAAGUUUUUUGUGGUUGGUGCGAAUCUCCUGCUCGAAGGCAGUCUAGAGACCCGCAGCUACGCGAAGUCCUUGUUCCGGGCCCUAUCCGAGCAUCAUAGUUAUCAGCGGCUGCUUUUGGAGGUGAUACCACCACGCACAUACAGAAAUGUUGAGAAGACGCUUAGGAGCAUCACACGUUGAUCAUUGCAGGCAAGAUCUGUACAGCAUAGGUUUAGUAUUCAAAGCCACUGGAAGCUUACAGGAUUAGGGCGUUCGCAAGAAAUUAGAUUCAAGUAUUAAGAAUAAUUAUAGUAUACAGUACACUAAUAAAACAUUGGUACACCACAGA